AUGUCUUUCGAGGCUUGGAUCUGUGCCAUCAGUGAGUACAACGUCUCCAAGCUCCGAGUCGGAGCCAGCAAAGAACUGAAGCUGAUGCGCUACCUUAGCAUGACGGAGUUCUUGGGUGUUACGGACGUGCCUCCGCGAGUCGUGAUCAGGUUGGCUGGGAGCCCUGCCUACCUGGCGGGAAUCAUCGGAAACGUCGCCAUUGCCCAUCAUCGCGACAGGACCAGGCCAAGCGAGCUCGGGGAACAAGCAUAUGUCGGCGGGGAGCUUGCUAAUGGGGAGCGGGGAGCUCAGCGAGCGGGCGGGCGCAUGAGAGAUGGCCAAGACGAAUGUGAGGCCGGUGAAGUGGGCAUGGGUGGCCCAGCAGGAUGGGCCGAGAGGGGAGCAUGGGGUAUCUUCGCUCUUGUGCUUUUUCCUGUAACAGGGAAAGCUGAAGGGCCAUCCCGUUCAUUCUCUGGCUUUCUCUCUCUCCGCCUUCUCUGGCCCAUCUCACCCAUCUCCCUAUGUCGGCCCUGUCGUCUCGACUCUCUCAACUCUCUCGUGCCGACAUCCUUUGGCCCCAUUUCGCCUCAACCCUUCUCGGCCCCCUCGUCUAAAGGCGUCAUGGCCUGUCGAUGUCGAUGUGGGAAUAAGACGGUUGAGCUGGAGCAUCAGCCAGUGUCGCCGGACCACUGGCGUUGCGACCGCUUCGCGGAGGCCCGCGGAGUGCGGGAGCCCCGCGUCCGCCUCAGGCCUGCUAACUUGCCUGCCCAGUGCAUUUGUAUGUACGUAGUCAACCGCAAUCCGCCAUCCAUGUCUGGGAUCUGGGUACUGCCAGACAACAAGGCGAGCGGUCGAGUACCCAGAACCGUGCUCGGGCCCUUUCUAGGCUCAUCAGGCUAUGACACCACUAGACGCGAGAUUUUGUUAAAUAACGAUACAGAAUCAGGCCACUCGUACACAAGGCGGGCAGACAAAUCACACCCCCAGACACUAGUCGACUCCAGUGUGAGAUGCGUCGCGCCCGCUCAAGGAUACCAAUGUAGUAAUCCAAGGGCCAAGAAUGAGAGCAGAGCGAAGAGGAAAUGUCAUGUCCAAGGAUCAAGAAUAAGACUCGUGGGGCGUAGGGAUUCCGCCGCGGACGCACGCAGGCUAUCGUCAGUGUCUGUUGUGGAUGAUUUCCUGUUUGUUGACUAA